UCUCAUUUUACAUUCAGUCGGAGACAUUAAUUGGCUAAGUGCAGAUCGUCGUCGAUCACACCACCGACUAGGAACGAAGAGAGCAUAGAUUCAUUAGCAGAACGGUGGCAGAUAGAAAGUGUGCAAACGAGAGUGAUUGACUGAUAGUGUGUAGGAACUGAACAAAAACAUAUAUUAGUGAAUUAUUUGUGCCAAAACGAAACUCGCACCUUCGACGAUCUUUUUGCAGAUCGCAUCGGAGAAACCAUUUUCGUAAAAAAUGAAAGUGCUACUAAUCUGUGCGUUAGCCUGCGUGGCGUUUAGUGGAGUUUACGGUGCCUCGAUUAUUCGAGUGGCGCGGGAGGAUGUACUUCCAGUAGCCGAAGAGAUUGUUAAGGAGGAAAUCGUCAAUGAGUUGCGCAAAAAUGAGAUUCCAGUAGCCGUCGAGGAAGAACCAGCCCGCAUUGUGAUCGAGGAAACUGUCGUGCCGGUUGAAAACCAGCGCACCAUUGCUGAAGUUGUCGAGGUAGCAGAACCAGUUGGUAUUGUGGUGGACAAUGCCGUCGUUCCCGUCGUUGAGAAGGAAAUCGUAGAGGAGCUACGAAGCGCUGUCCCAGUGGUGGCUGUCGAAGAGCCAGUCGCUGUCGUUAAAGAAACAGAAGUAGUUGCGGAGCCUGUCGUUGAAGACAAGGUCGUAGCCCCAGUUGAAGCACUACGCAAUGUUGAACCAGCCGUUGAAGUCGUUGAACAGGUGGUCGUUCAAGACGUCAAGGAUGAAGAAGUCAAAAGUAAUCCUGAAGAGUCUCUGCGUAGUGCUUUGCCAGUAGUUGACGAGGAAAAAGUAGUCGAAGCUGUGGUUAAGGAUGAGCCUGUUGUCGAGGUAAAGGAGGAAGCUAUUGUUCCUGCCGUGAGGACUGUUGCUGAAGUAAUCUUGGAUAAGGUUGAUGAAAAAGUUGCCGAUGAAGCCGUUGCUGCUAAGGAAAUAGAAGUUGAGCCAGUCGUUUCUCUAAAGACCGUUGAUCCAGUUGUCGCCAUCGAUGAACCAGUUGCUGUAGUUGUAGAAGGAGUUAAGGAUGAAGUUGUGCAGGAUGUCGUUGAGGAUGCUGUAGUCUCUGACGCUGUUGUUGUGCCACAGCCAAUUAAACCCUUCGUUGAAAUGGUUGCUGAAGUGCAAUCUGCUAUUGCUGAUGCCGUCGCCGAACCUGAGGUUCCAGAAGAAAAGGUAACAGAAGAUAAGGAAGUUGCUCCAGUUGAAUCCUUGCGUUCAGCUGUACCAGUCGUUGCUGAAGAGCCAGUUGCCAUUGUUGAGGAAAAGAAGGAAGUUGUUGCUGAACCGGCUGCUGAAAUUGUCGCUGAAGUUGCCGCCGAUGAGGUUUCUGCUCCAGUUGUAGCUGAUGCUGUUGUGGAAGAAAAAGUUCCAGUUGCGGAUGUCGCCGUUGAAGAGAAGGUAGUUGCCCCCGUUGAUUCUCUGCGAUCUGUUAUCCCAGUUGUGGCCGUCGAAGAGCCAGAAGUAGUUGCUGCUGUUGUUGCAGAUAACGAAGUAGCUCCACUGGUGAAGGCUGUUGCAGAGGAAAAAGUUGAAGACGUCAAGGCUGAUGCUGAGGAAAAAGUUGAAGAAAUCAAGGCUGAUGCUGUGGAAGAACCGGUUGGUGUCGUCAAAGCCGUUCCAGUUGUCGAAGAAAUUGCCCCAGUCAAGGAAGUAGAGCAAGAGCCGUCUGAUGUUCUCCGUGCUGUUGAUGUUAAGCAGGACGCUACCACAGCUCGUCCCAACCUAAUCCAGCAGAUUAUUCAACCAGUUAACAACCUUAUCCAGAACAGUCCAAUUGGAUCAAUCUUGAACCGUGGAUCUACUACUGCUGCUCCUGGUGAAGCUCCUGCUGAAGGUGCUACGAAUGCAGCUGCUGCAGCUGAUGAUGCCGCCACUACUGCUGCACCAAACUUCAUCCAGCAACUUGGCCAGAACUUCCAGAAUUUCUUGAAUCCAAGCUCCCAGAAUGCCCAGAGUGCUGAAGGCACCACUGCACGCCCAAACAUUAUCCAGCAAGUGCAGAAUGCCGUUGGAUCGGUUUUGAACCGGCCAUCCAGCAAUUCUGAACAAUCCGGACAGACAAACCCAAUCCAGAGCAUAGUGCAGAACGUGCAGAACUUCUUCCGACCGACUUCCGCUCCAUCGAGCUCUGACACUACUGCCGCUCCAGCUGCUGCAUCAGAACAAUCUGCCGAUGUUGCCCCCGCUGAAGCUCCUGCUGCUGCUGCUGAACCUGCCCCUGAAAAUUCUGAAACGGAAAACCAAACUGAAUAGAUGAUUUAAACUUUAAGUUUACGCUAGUUAGGAUCUUGUACUUGCAAUAAGCCAUACGAUUCAAACACGCACACACUUACACUUGCACAAACUGCCACAGAGGUAGAGAAAAGUUUGGAAUUCCUUUCUUAUUUUAAGGGAUUUAUCUUUUUCAAUGGAAAGUCAUCAAGUCAGAUCAUUUCGUUUGUAGUGGCAACAAAAUCUCCUCGACGAAGCUCCUUUCCUCUCCCUUCAGUGCCAUUUAUUCAAGGCUUGCUGGUUAAGUUCCUUCUUUAGAUAAGCGGAAAGUUUGUCAGUGAGAGCAUUUUGGUUGACGGAGGUUCAGAGGAAGGGAUUGCUUUUAUCGAUUUAAUUUAUUUAUUUUUAAUCGAACGAAACGAAACAAAAUAUUUAUUUUAUUGUGAUUCAAUAAAAAAAGAGAAAUUCAGCAAAACAAAAAUAUAAAAGCCGUCCAAUCUUCAGGUGACGAAAAAACGAACAAAAAGGUAAAAAAUGUAAAAUGUUUGUAAAAAGCCGAAAAAAAUAAUAAAAUGAAUAAUAAAAAUUA